CUCCUCGGGGUGCGUUCACUGCAUGGACGUCAGCACUCUGUUUACUCUGUGCAUGUCCAAAAGUCAUGGAUGAACCAACCGUAGAACAAACACACACUAUUUGUUCAUUCAGUCUGACAAAACGACGCGACUGGGACAAAGAAAUCACUGCAGUUGUGGAAUAAAUAAGACGGAAGUGGAAAUAUUUACAUGUAAGGUCUGAAUACAGACGUAAAGCAAAGAGGACCUCCUCAAAGUCACCCUCCUCAGUCACCUGUGGGCAGCCCUUCUGAUCUGUUGUUAAAAUGGCCUCGAGGCAGGGAGACAUCCCAGCGCUUGAGUCAGGCACAUCAUCCGGACUCUUCGGCCCCUUAUCGUCCCCAAUUGGAAUGACUCGGCGCAAUAUCAGCUAUGAUGAGCAUAUGGAUGCCCCAAUGCAUUCCCCACCUCCAGACCUGACUGUCAACAUCUUAUGGAAAGAUCCUGUCAUCCCAAAGCACAAGUUCAGGAACACUGCAGAGGAAAGCGAAAGUGGGGGGAAGUUGGUGACUGCUGAGGUACCAUCGCCAGUCAAGUCCCCAGUGCCUGUUGUGAAAGCCAAAGCCACCUCUUUAAUGAACUCAUUGAUGAUCAAGCAAACGCAUGAAAACCUGCAAAGGUUUGAGCACCAAGCAGGCCUGACAGAUGCCGGGUAUACUCCCCACAAAGGUCUCACUGCUGAGGAGGCUCGUUUUCAUCGACUUUGUGAUGGCACACUUCCAAAGUUGAGAAUGCCAAGCGGGGACUUCAAGGAGGACAGGCUUACACCAUCAGCACAAUCCACCCCAAGUUGCACCCCUUCUGUCACCCCCUCUGUCACCCCUAGCGUCACCCCUUGUGUCAGUCCCCACUCAUCACCGAAUAUUAGUCGCAGGAGCUGGUUCCAGUUGAGUCCUGCAUCUCUUCUAGCAACCCCAGAACUCAACAGCCCCAACCCCAGCACAGACAUGGGAGGAAAUGAGGGAGGAGGAGGAGAGAGGUGGAGCUUCUUUGGAACUCGGUCUGUGGUACAGAAGUCCCCCACAGAUCCUGGAUCUGAAGGUGGCACAGGCUUCUCACUGCAGUCCUACUUUGGCCUGCAGAAGUCCACUACUAUUGAUGGUAGCAACCCCCAGGUCAACUUCAAGGUGGAUGACCCCACCAGCUUUAUGCCGCCCAAAAUCGAAAUCUCUGGCAUUGAGACCAAGCGGGUUCCCCCGCGGCCACAUAAACUCAAACCUCGGGACAUGAAUGUUUUAACACCAUCGGGGUUCUGACCCUUGACCACCUCUCUCUGUACCACUUCCCUGACUGUUUCCUCCUCCGUCUGAUUUCUUGUGUUCUUCUCUGAUUCCCCUUUUCCCUCUGUCUCAAUGCAAACUCCUUGAAGGUGAAAGAAAUGAAGACCACUUAGUGUUAGUUCAGCAGCCCCUGAGAAAUCAGCACACUAUUACUCCCCCCAGCUACUUAGACAAGCUUGCUUCUCUUUUUCUCUAAGUCCAAACAAUCCAACUUCUUCCAACUCAGUGGUCCAAAUAAAACAUGACAUGAAGAAACUUAAUUUGUCACCCUUACAGAUGGUUCUGCUUUGUGUAAUGUUGUCUGUCACGUUAUUGGUGCAUUAGCGUGCAUCGCCUUGCUGUCCUCGUUUCAUUGUCUGUGAUGGCAUGAGACUGAAGUUGAAAUAUCUUGUCAGUCCCCUCAUAUCAAACCUGACCAAAUAUUUCAGUUCAUAAUACUCAGUUGCCUCACAUGUAUUAUAAUUUUGUUUAUUUUGAAUAAGCUUACAGAGUUGUAGUUGUGUAGUGCUUCUCUGUGUUAGCAUGCAGAGUAAAGGGUAUGACUGAUAUUGUGCCUAAACUUUCAGUGUGUUUGCUUUUGGCAUAGUUGCCAUCUAAAUUCUGCUUUUUUUUAUGUGCUAAAGCAUCUUAUUUUACUUAGUGUGAGAAAGUCUGAAUGCUGACCUGAAGUGAUUUUUUUAUUAUUGUCGUUUCAAUUUAAGUAUUUUAGAUAGUUUGCUUUAAAUACACAUUCUUCAUUCUAAAUAGAUGUUAGUUUUUUGCAUUCAUCACGUUUUAUACCGCAUCAUAAUACUGUUGUCAACAUGACAUAGAAGCAAGCAUUGAAGUUUUAUGUUUGUAUUUAUCAUUUGUUUCUACCACAGUAGAGAAUUCCCUGCUGUUCUAUUUGAUUGAAGUUGAUGAAUUCCAGUCCAUAAUUGCACAAGGGAGCUGUCUCCCCAUUAUAUCUGUAAAUAAAUCUGAUACAAUCAAAAGCAU